CUAUUUUUAUUUUUAAUAACAAUUGAUUUGAGUUGAACAGUUGUUUUAACAAUGGAUUACAUUAAUCAAGCAACUGCGUAUUUGAACCUACAGUGGUCCAGCGUAUUACAUUUGUUUGGCAAUGAGAAAAAGAAUGUAUUCGUUAUUGGAACGUCGCUGGUGCUCUUUCUUUCGUUCUGUGCCGUUAACUCGUUUUUCAUGUUCCUUGAUUUUACCGGAAAACCAAAAUUUCUGCACAAAUACAAAAUACAGAAAGACAAGAAUAUACCGGUCGAGCCCGCAAGAUUUCUUCACUGUUGCAAAGUGGCGUUCAGAAAUGAACUCCUGUCGUGCGGUAUGGUACUGUUUCUAUACCCUGUGAUGCAAUGCACGGGCAUGACUUGUCAGGCACCACUGCCUCCAAUAUGGGAAGGUUUCCUGCAUUUCGUUGCGUUUGUGUUGGUUGACGAGUUUAUAUUUUAUUACUCGCACAGGUUAUUUCAUCAUCCAUUUAUAUACAAGCACAUUCACAAGAUGCACCAUGAAUGGAUCGCACCCAUCAGUAUUGCUGCUUCGUACGCUCAUCCAAUAGAACAUAUCGUGUCAAAUGCUCUUCCGCUUCUGGUCGGGCCUAUUCUUAUGGGUUCUCACAUAGCAGUAGUGUGGAUAUGGUUGGUCAUUGCUCAGUUCGAAACGUGCCUUCAUCACUGUAAUUAUCACUUCCCUGUCAUGUCGUCUCCACAAUUUCACGAUUAUCAUCACGUCAAGUAAGCGAAAAGCGGAUAAGUUUAGAGGUUAUCGAAUCUAUACCUCUAUCUAUAUAGCGUAGAAGUCAUGGACUUUCGGCCCGACGCUGUUACCAUUAAAGGCGUGUGUUUGGGCAAGACGUUUACCGGCAACUGCUACAACCGUGUAAUCCAGCAAUAAAAAAAAAUUCCCACAAACCUUAAUGUGGCAGCUCGUUUACGGGUACGAGGUGUAUGAAAAAGACCAACCUUGUAUAAUGUCUCUCGUCGCCCCGCCAUGCGAGGAUGAAAAAAUUAUUUUCAUUCAUUAAUUCAGGUUUAACGAGUGCUUUGGGACAAAUGGUCUUCUAGAUUGGGUUCACAAAACAGACGUUCAGUUUAAAAAAUCCAUCCAAGCAAAGAGACACAUUACUUAUUAUCGGUUUGGACCAAUCACCAAACUCUUUCCCAGCAAAGAUAAAAAAGAGAAUUAGGUGGUUUUAGUUUUUCAUGGCUUAUUAAUUUCGGUGUCUUGAUUUAAUUUCGCUUGAUUGAUAUUCUUUGCAAGCUGGUACAAUUGUUAUACAAAUAGUAUAAAUAAAUACAAAGCUCA